UACAACGUUUGUUUAGUAUAUUUUAUAAAUUAAAUCAAUUAUCACAAUAUAAAAUAAUAAUGAAUUAUCAACUAUUUUUGUUAAAAUUGUUAAAAUUUUUAUUAUUUUAUAAUUAUACUAACGCAGAUUUGAUAGAUUUUCAACAAGAACAAGGUGAAAGAGUUGUGAAAACUCCAAGACGUAUAUCAAUACCCGUUCAUUAUGUCAGUGGAACUCAUUAUGAAGUUGGAUUCAGUGUGGGUCGCACAUAUAAGAGUAUGAUAAAUGAUUAUUUACAAAAAUAUAGCCCACUACAAAAUUAUUUGAAAUUGUUCGAGGAACCAGAAGGUCGUAAAAUAUACGAAGAGAGCUUAAGCGCGACAGAAAAAUACUUUCCACAGUACAUCGUCGAGUUACGAGGCAUAGCUGAUGGAUCACAAGCUCCUUUCGAACAGCUUUUCUUGGUGGCUUUAGAUGAUACGUUACCAAUGAGCUUGAAUAAGGAAUAUGUAGACAAAGGACCUGUGGGAUGUAGUUCACUUAUGAUAAACCAACUAAACGGUCAGUUUUUAGGUCAUACAGAAGAUGCAUUUUCUGCGUCAGAAGACAACUUUUAUAUUAUAGCUGCACAUAUAAUACCUAGUAAAAAUGAAUCUGGGGGUGUAUUCAAAGCCAGAGAAGAAAAAUUUGAAGCGCUAGCGUACGCAGGACACUUACCUGGGCUAGCCAGUGGGCAUAAUUAUCAUGGUUUAGUGUUUUCAAUCAACACGUUAUCUGUCUCGAAAAACGUCAGGGGCCGUAUACCACGCGAGUUUAUUACCAGAGCAUUAUUGUCAUCCAAGGCUAACAUGACCGAAGUUAUUGAAAUAUUAUCUAAUGAAGGAGCAGGUACCGCAGAUGGGUUUAAUGUAAAUUUGGUCUUUCUAAAUUUAUCAAGGGAAUCUCGAGUUUUUCACUCAAUUGAAGUUGCUCCAAAUUAUAAUAAUUCCCAAUCAAAGUUGAGCAUUGUUGAUUUUCCUAUUGGGAGCAAUUCUUUCCAUGCUAACAGGUUACUUCAUUUAUUACACUCAGAAAUUCAAGAAAAUCUUCCUUAUGAAGAUAGUAUCAUAAGAGAAAAUGUUUACAAACAAAUUACUAAAAAUAAAACCUUGUCAAGCUUUGAGGACGUACUGCAAGUUCUAGGAAGUGAGGAAAUGUUUAGUAAUGUUCCCAAUGAAUUUGGUGGUACUAUUCACUUAGGUGUUUUUGAUUUGACUAAAAAGAUAUGGAUGAUGUGGAACAACAAUCCAAUUUAUAACUCUCCUUUAUUGCAAUUACCACUGACAUUUGUGGAUCUAAUCACUUCGCCUAAAAAUCAAUGAAUAUUAUACCUAUAAACCUGUUAAUAAUUGUUAAAAGUCAUGAAAUUGUGAAAAUAUAAAAUAUAAAAAAAAUAAAUAUUAUUUUGAUGUGCUCAGAAAAAAAACAAAUGAUAAAAUGCUGCAGAAAAAAUAAAUAAAUUUAACGAAAUAAAAAUUAUUAUAUGAUUAAAUCACCUAUUGGAAUUACGACUAAGUGUUACAAUAUUUUAUAGAAUGAGUUAUCAAGUAUGUAUAAUUUGUAUGAAUAGAUAAUGUAAAAUUUAAAAAGUAUUUCAGGAAAUAAAUAAAUGGCUGGAUAGCGAUUGUGGUAUUUCUUUAUAACGUCCGACAAAUAACGGCCUUGAUUCAUUUUUUCAACCUGUCACGUUGAUAU